AUGGGCAGCGCGCCGGGCUCCGGCUAUCCCUGCUCCCGCUGCAGGAGGGCUGGCCGGAGGGGUCCCGGCCGGAGGGGCUGGCACCCCACAAUUCCCUCCCUCUUCCUGGGUCCAGGGGAGAGUGGCACUGCUCCCCGCAUCCCUGUGCUUCUCCCCACAUCCCUGUCUUGCUCCCCGUAUCCCUGUCCGCCGGGGGGCGCUUCUCCCGGCACCACGUGCUGGGAUGUUCAGGAUGGCUGGGAAGUGGUUGUCCCCUCUCUGUCCCACCUUAUCCUACCUGCCUCUGAUCCGUGCCAUGCUCUGCCUCCCGGUACCUGGGCACAUCCUGACCGCUCCAGUUGUCCUCCUGUCCUCACAUUCCUGGGACCUUUGCGCCGUGCAGGGGGCUCAGGACAGGGUGGCCUCAGGCUCUGGUGUCCCACAGGCGCCGCGUGGGGCCCCACGUCUGCUUCCCAGGCUCCGGCAGCGGAUGUUGUCCUGGCUGGAUGCUGUCUCCGGGCAGCGGGAAGUGCACCCUGCGUGAGUACAGGGGUCUGGGGGGCUUGUGGGGAUCCUGUUCCCGUUCCCAGAGCUCCUGUUCCCAUUCCCACAGCGCUCUGCUCCUUCGGCUGCGGUGGUGGCUCCUGCAUCGCUCCCAACCUUUGCAUGUGCCCGGAUGGAGAGCAGGGAAUCACCUGCCCAGAACCACCAGGGACUUGCGGAGAGUACGGCUGUGACCUGUCCUGUAACCACGGCGGCUGCCAGGAGGUCGCCCGCGUGUGUCCCGUUGGCUUCUCCAUGGCCGAGACGGCCAAUGGCGUCCGCUGCACCGACAUCGAUGAGUGCCAGAGCGCGGCCUGCGAGGGGACGUGCGUGAACACGGAGGGAGGCUUCGCCUGCGAGUGCGGAGCUGGCCGGGAGCUCUCUGCUGACCGCCGCAGCUGCCGGGACACGGAUGAAUGCCAGGCCACGCCGUGCCAGCACCGCUGCGAGAACAGCGUGGGCAGCUACCGCUGCUCCUGCCGGCCCGGAUACCACCUCCAUGGGAAUCGGCAUUCCUGCGUGGAUGUGGAUGAGUGCCGGCGGCCUGGCACGCGCCGCUCCUGCCAGCACAGCUGCCACAACAUUCCCGGCAGCUUCCGCUGCUCCUGCCGCCCCGGAUACCGGCUCAGCGCAGACAGGGUGUCCUGCGAAGGGUACCCCAAAUCUAUCCUGGCCCCGUCGCCCAUCCUGCAAUCCCUGCAGCAUCCACCCACCCUUGUCCUGCUCCCUCCUGGCUCCCACCUGCUCCCGAGGGGCUCCCCCUCUCCCCACCUCCCUGUGGCAGCUCCUGGUACCCAAUUCCCUCCCUCCUCCCCAUCCUUGUCCCCUGAGCCAUCCCCACGUGCCAUGGGAGCCCCCGGCACAUCCAUCCCACCAUCCCCUCACUGUUGGCACCGGGGAAUCUCUUGGGAGCCCGGCAGUCGCUGGACAGAGCCAGGCUGCCAGAGCUGCACCUGCCAGGGGGGACAAGUCCUCUGUGACACCGUGAGCUGCUCUGUUCCCUGCUCCCACCCGCUUCCUGCUCCGGCUGGGGGUUGCUGCCCCACCUGCACGGGGUGCCUGCACGAGGGGGUGGCCAGGGCAGAGGGCGAUGUCUUCUCCCCAUCCGAUGGGAAUUGCACCGUCUGCGUCUGCUUGGCCGGGAAUGUCUCCUGCCUGUCCCCGGAAUGUCCCCCAGGAUCCUGCCCCAGCUCCUCUCCGGCUGAGUGCUGCUCCUGCACUCCAGAAAAGUGCAAUUUCCGGGGACGCACAUACGCACACGGAGCCCGGUUCAGCCUGGAUGGGGACGACUGCACCACCUGUGUCUGCCAGGGAGGAGAGGUGGAAUGUUCCUUCACUCCCUGCCCCGCGCUGGAUUGUCCCCAGCACCAGCGGCAGCUGGGUCCCGGGCAGUGCUGCUCCACCUGCCGGGACCCUCCAGCCCCUGCCGGUUGCUUCCUGGAUGACAACGGUGUGGAGUUUCCCGUUGGACAGAUCUGGUCUCCGGGCGAUCCCUGUGAGUUAUGCAUCUGCCAGGCAGACGGCUCCGUGAGCUGCCAGCGCACGGACUGCGUGGAGACGUGUCCUUAUCCCAUCCGCAUUCCCGGGCAGUGCUGCCCCGACUGCUCCGCAGGCUGCACCUACAUGGGGAGGAUCUUUUCCAACAACGAGACCUUCCCGUCGGCGCUGGAUCCCUGCCUGAGCUGCAUCUGCCUGCUGGGCUCGGUGGCCUGCUCGCCUCUGGAAUGUGCCAUCGUGUGCUCCUACCCCUUCCACCCCGAGGGUCGGUGCUGCCCCGUCUGUGAGGACUGCAACUACCAGGGCAGGAAGGUGGAGAACGGCCAGAGCUUCAUUCCCGAGGGACAGCCCUGUACCCGCUGCACCUGCCAGCUUGGAGAGGUGAGCUGUGAGGAGAGGCCGUGCCCCCACUCCUGCUCUGAGCCCCACACACUGCCCGUGGGCUGCUGCCCAUCCUGCCCAGGUAAUGGGAUCCCUGGAUCCAACCCCAGGCACUUGGAUGUGCCCUCCGGACUGGGGGUCUGGGGAAGGAGGUGGGUGCUGACCAAAAUCCUCCCUCCAUCAGCCUCAGACAUCCGGCUCCUGCUGCAGGGCAGUGACCUGUCCCCAUCCUCAUCCCCAUCCUCAUCCCCAUCCUCAUCCUCAUCCCAGUCCUCAUCCUCAUCCCAGUCCCCAUCCUCACCCCCAUCCUCAUCCCAGUCCCCAGUCCCUGAAGAUUCACCCCCUGGCACCCCUCAACACCGCCGCUAUCGCCUGGCCCAGCUCCUGCUUCCCACUACACCCCCCCUCGGCCCCUCUCCAGGGAUUUGGGGUGCUGGGAUGCCCCCUCUGACCACUCCAAGUCCCUCUGGAUACCCCUUGGCACCCACUGUGCCCCCCGACCCCCUCUGUGAGGCCACAGCCCCCGCCAGUGCCACGGGCAGCCCUGAGGUUCAGGGAUCCCCCAGGAAUGAGGAUCCCUCCACGGUGCCAUCGGACAGCCCCAGGCUCCAGGCGCCAGGUGUGCCUGGAACACCGUGA